AUGAUGCUUAGAUGAUUAGAUGAUUUUAAAUUAAUUAUCAUUAAUUUAAUUAAACAACUGAUAAAGAUAAAAAAUAAUUAGUUUCCUUGUAUUACUUAGAUAUUGAAAAACUAGUCAUUUCCGGCAGUCUUUGUUGACAGUAACAAUAAAAUGAGAGAUUUAUUGGUGGAGUUGUUGAUUGAAAAGUUGUUUCUGUUUAGAAAGGAUCUUUAUAACACGUGAGAGAGCAUUUAAACUCAUGAAAUCUCGAUUCUAAUAAAAAUGGCUAAUAGUAUUGACACAUAUCAUCGUACUGCGAAACCUUUUGCUACGUUAGAUGCUCUUUAUGAUGGGUUAAAGAAUUUGGAGCCUUGGUUGGAUAUUGUCAAACUACGUGAAUGUACAGAUUACGUUUAUGAUGGAAAAGAAAUUUGUGAUUUGAAAGGAGUGACAGGUCGUUUGACAAAAUUAAAUCGCGAUAAAAAACCUAAAACAAUAAUUUGCCAUGAUAUGAAAGGAGGCUACUUGGAAGAUAGAUUUCUUUAUGGUUCUUUAGCUCAUGAUUCUUACUUAUUUUAUCAUUGGAGUAUUGUAGAUAUUUUCAUAUACUUUAGUCAUUAUCUAGUGACAAUACCACCUUAUGGUUGGAUUAAUGCAGCUCAUAAUCAUGGAGUUAAAGUGUUGGGAACAGUUAUUACUGAAAGAACUGAUGGUGAAAUUAUUUGGGAGCAUAUUCUUUCAUCAAUUGAAGAAACAAAAAAAUUUGCAGAUGCUCUUGUUAUGUUGGCAAAGUAUUAUAAGUUUGAAGGAUGGCUUUUAAAUAUUGAAAAUGAAAUACAAAAGGAUCACAUUCAACAGUUGCUUUAUUUUGUUCAGUAUUUAACUGUGGAAAUGCACAGUAAUAUUGAAGGAUCUGAAGUUAUUUGGUAUGAUAGUGUUACAAUUGACGGUAAAUUAAAGUGGCAAAAUCAAUUAAAUGAGCAUAAUAAAGAUUUUUUUGAAAAUUGCGAUGGAAUAUUUUUGAAUUAUAAUUGGACUGAUGCUGGAUUAGCAACUAGUCGAGCUAUGGCAGAUUUAAAUAAUCGAGUACAAGACAUUUAUGUUGGUUUAGAUGUUUGGGGUAGAGGAUGUCCUGGUGGCGGAGGUUUUAAUUCUAUUGAGGCAUUAAAAAAUAUACGAGAACAUGAUCUCUCAGUUGCCAUAUUUGCUCCAGGCUGGACACAUGAAAAUUUCAAUGCCAAAGAUUUUAUGUUAAUUGAAAAUAUAUUCUGGGCUCAACUCACUCCAUAUUUAUACGUGCAUGUUCCUAUUUAUGAAAAUGUAUCCUUUUCUUCAUCAUUCUGUAUUGGAUCUGGUGAAAAGUUUUAUUAUCACGGUGAAUGUGAUAAAUAUGCGGCACAACCGUUUUAUAAUUUAUCUUGGCAACAACCGCAAAUGUCUGUUCCAAGCAUACACUUAAAAUUCACAUCUGUACGAUGUCUGAAGAAAAAGAAUGAGGUAAAUGAAGUGAGUGAAGAAAAGAAAGAAAAAUUUAUUCCUGAAUGUAUAUACGAAACAGCGUUACAAGUCAUUACCGUUCGUGGUCAUGAAAUAAGAGUUGAGAAAAAGUUACAAUCAGAAUUAAAAAAUAAUAUUUAUUGCUCUAAAAGAUGUCCCUAUAAUGGUGGCAAAUCAGUUAAAAUUACCACAAGCGAUUCACAAGUAUACUAUAGAUUAUUUUUAGUGCAUUUGGAAUUUAAUUCUGAUGUUCAAAUAUAUGUAAUUCAUCGAUCUAGUGAAGAUUUAGAUACAAAUGAGGCAACCGAACAGACUGCAAAUCAUCCUACUUUGAUAUUACUCAGUAAUCAAUCAUUUCAAUUUAUGGAGCCUUAUGAGACAUUCGAAAUUAAUGCAAAAUGGAAAAAAAGCUACUAUCGUACUAUAAAUAGAACAAUAAAUGAAAUUGGAGUAAGGUUUUCAAAAACAGGUACAUAUUAUCUUGGAAAAAUAAACAUUCAGCCACUGCCAGCCAUUCAUUCAUAAAAUAUUUAUUCUGCUUAAAAUUAUUAAAUAAAAAUAGGUCUGAGCACACUUUAUUGGUGCUAACACGACAAACUUCUCAUUAUUAAUUGUUUAUAACAUAUUCAAGUUGCUAUAAACAAUACGUAAUUUUUGAAAGUCAUAUUUGAUUAUGUACAAUAAUGUUUUGUCAAUAUCAACUUAAUUUUUAAAUGAAAUUGUUAUCGUUUGGCUUUAAAGUCUUCUAAGUAGCUAAUCUUUUCACUUAUUUAUUAGUUAUUUUGUUAUAAAAAAAUGGCUCGACCGAAUUCGUUCAAAUUUCAUUUAGAUUUUCUUUAUUCUUUAUAUUAAUAUCUUUCGAAUAAAUUUUGAUUGAAGUCGAUAUUUCGAUCUUAAGAUAUAGAAAACGAAAAAAAUGCUGAGAUACAUACGUACACACUCAUUAUUAAAAUUAGUCAGUAUGCUCGCAAAUAUCUUGAAAUGUGAAGAUAUAAAAAUUCAAA